AAGAGGAAAUUCCCCGAUUCCCCUUUUUAGCUCAGAGAGAGAAAUAAACAAAAAUAAAUAAAAAAUAUUCUAUUUGGGAAAACCAGCGACGACUUUUGGGAUUAUUAUUUUUUUGAUUGUUCGUUCCAUUCACGAAUUGCGUUAGGGUUUCGUAAUUUUGCACCCUUCCGAACAAUCGUUGGGGUGCUUUUUCGAUCAAAUUUCGUAGAAAGUUUUCAUCUUUUUCGUUUCGGAGUUUUGGGAAGUUGAAUUGAGAAUCGAUUUUGGUGUUCCUUUGAAGAAGGUUGAGAAAGAGAGAGAGAGUAGGGGGAAAAUAUGAUGGCUGCUUCUUCUUCUUCAGCUACUGUCGCAGUGGAGAAGGCGACCAGCGACCUUCUUAUGGGCCCUGAUUGGACCAUGAACAUCGAAAUUUGUGAUUCCAUCAAUUCUAAUCAUUGGCAGCCAAAAGAUGUGGUAAAAGCUGUGAAGAAGAGAUUACAACAUAGGAGCUCUAGAGUUCAAUUACUUGCUCUCACGCUUCUGGAGACAAUGGUAAAGAACUGUGGUGAUUAUGUGCACUUUCAAAUUGCUGAGAGGAACAUACUGGAGGAGAUGAUCAAAAUCGUAAGGAAGAAGGCAGAUAUGCAAGUGAGGGAUAAAAUUUUGAUAUUGCUGGACUCUUGGCAAGAGGCAUUUGGGGGACCAGGUGGUAAACAUCCUCAGUACUAUUGGGCAUAUGAGGAGUUAAAGCGAUCUGGAGUAGUUUUCCCAAAGCGUUCACCAGAUGCAGCUCCAAUAUUUACUCCUCCUCCUACCCAUCCAAAUUUAAGAAAUAUGCAAGCUGGAUAUGGGAUGCCAAGCAAUUCAUCAAAAACACUUGAUGAAACCAUGGCAACAGAGAUAGAAAGUCUAAGUUUGUCAAGCUUGGAGUCCAUGCGUCACGUUUUGGACCUUUUGAGUGACAUGUUACAAGCUGUGAAUCCCGGUGAUCAUGCAGCUGUAAAAGACGAAGUUAUUAUUGAUCUUGUUGACCGCUGUCGCACAAACCAGAAAAAAUUGAUGCAGAUGCUAACAACUACUGGGGAUGAGGAGCUUCUUGGACGAGGCCUCGAAUUAAAUGAUAGUAUUCAAAGUUUGCUUGCAAGGCAUGAUGCAAUUGCUUCUGGUACUCCGUUUUCAAUUCAAGGAGCAAGUUCCAGUACUGUGUCAACUGAAGUUCACUCUAGUGUUGAUCAAUCCACUGUAAAGAGCUCCAGCCCUGGAGAGUCUUCUUCAACACCUAAAGCUAGCCCUUCAGCCAUAGUCUUUUCUGAAUCCAAGAGCCAGAGUGAUGAAGAGGAAGAAGAUGAAUUUGCGCAGUUAGCUCGGAGGCAUUCUAAGGCACAAUCAGUGACUUCAAAAGAUGCUACAACUGGAUCCAGUGAAACUUCAGGGUCAAUGAAAAGUGGCAGCACAGCUCCACAUGUGCCAAACCCCUCAACCUCAGUCCCAUCCAAUGCCUUAGUUCUUUCCAACCCACCUGAACCAGUUAGUACCACAAAGGAUCAGGACAUUAUUGACUUACUCAGUAUCACUUUGUCAAUGUCACCAUCUCCACAGACAAGUUAUGCACCACCUCCACAGACAAGUUAUGCACCACCUCCACAGACAACAUAUGCACCUUCAGCAUCUAGCCAAGGCAUGCAUCAGACACCUGCUCCAUCCAGAACAGAAGGGUUUUCUUAUGCUUCCCAAACAUAUCCGGGAAACUUGUCAUACAACAGUUAUGUUGUUCCUUGGGCUCAAUCUCAAUCGAAGUCGGAUCUUCAAACCCAGCCUCAGCAACAGACAUAUCAAUCCCAAUCCCAACCCCCAACCCCAACCUCAACUCGACAAUUACAUCCGCAUUAUGAAUCUGAACAAGCUCAUCAUCAUCAACCGACCCAACAGGUAAGGUCCCAGCCCCAGUCCGAACAAUUGCAAUCACAACCCCUGCCACAAUCCCCACGUGUAUUGCAACAACCUCAAAAUCCUCAAUAUAGCCCUCCUCAACAACAAUCACAACCUCAAUAUAGCCCUCCUCAACAACAUAUGCAACCUCAUAAUGAACCGCAACCACUACAGUAUCAGCCCCAGCACCAAACGCUGCAAUCUCAGCCUCAGCCCCAACCCGGACACAUUCAACAACCUCAACCGCAGCCACAAUUUCAGAAUCAACAUUUUCAAUACCCUGCAAGAUAUCCUCCCCCACCAUGGGCCGCUACACCUGGAUAUGCCAACUAUCAAAACCACUCACCUGCUACAAACAUGAUCUCAGCUCCUCCAGCCAACACUGCGACAUCUUAUUCAUCUGCACCCGGGGUUAGGCCCGUGCAACACAAUAACUCAUUCCAUUCCAGAGGUACUGGUGGAACUCCUGCAAGUGCAACUGGACAAAAGCCUUUUGUUCCGUCGUACAGGUUAUUUGAAGAUUUGAACGUUUUUGGAAACACGGAUGGAAGGGUAAAGAUGACCAGUAGUGGCUCGUCAUCCAGCUUGUCAGGGUCAAUGGGACCUGGUAUGGUUGGGGGGCGUAAGUGAAGGGCUUUUAUUCAUGUGUAAAAAGAUGUGUUGAUAUACUGUGUAUAAAAUGGGACCAGCAGUAUUGUUAACUUCUCAUUUGCAGGUUAUGUAAGUUCUUUAGAUUUGAUACAAGUGACUCCUCCCUAUUUUAUGAGUAGAUCAUAAAGUCAUUUCUUAUUAGUUUGAGUGUUACCUCAAACGAGACUAUGAACAUUCUUUGAUGCAA